AGUGGUUUGAAGGCACCAUUGGACCUAGUUGGGUCAAAGAAAAUCCAGUUUAGGAGUGGACUGGUCAGUGGUUUAGAGGCACCACUGGACCUAGUUGGGUCAAAGAAAAUCCAGUUUAGGAGUGGACUGGUCAGUGGUUUGAAGGCACCAUUGGACCUAGUUGGGUCAAAGAAAAUCCAGUUUAGGAGUGGACUGGUCAGUGGUUUAGAGGCACCACUGGACCUAGUUGGGUCAAAGAAAAUCCAGUUUAGGAGUGAACUGGUCAGUGGUUUGAAGGCACCGUUGGACCUAGUUGGGUCAAAGGAAAUCCAGUUUAGGAGUGGACUGGUCAGUGGUUUAGAGGCACCACUGGACCUAGUUGGGUCAAAGAAAAUCCAGUUUAGGAGUGGACUGGUCAGUGGUUUGAAGGCACCAUUAGACCUAGUUGGGUCAAAGAAAAUCCAGUUUAGGAGUGGACUGGUCAGUGGUUUAGAGGCACCACUGGACCUAGUUGGGUCAAAGAAAAUCCAGUUUAGGAGUGGACUGGUCAGUGGUUUGAAGGCACCAUUAGACCUAGUUGGGUCAAAGAUAAUCCAGUUUAGGAGUGGACUGGUCAGUGGUUUAGAGGCACCACUGGACCUAGUUGGGUCAGUGGAAAUCCAGCUCUACAGUAGACUGGUCAGUGGUUUGAAGGCACCACUGGACCUAGUUGAGUAAAAGUAAAUCCGGUUCUGGAGUGGACUGGUCAGUGGUUUGAAGGCACCAUUGGACCUAGUUGGGUCAAAGAAAAUCCAGUUUAGGAGUGGACUGGUCAGUGGUUUAGAGGCACCACUGGACCUAGUUGGGUCAAAGAAAAUCCAGUUUAGGAGUGGACUGGUCAGUGGUUUGAAGGCACCAUUAGACCUAGUUGGGUCAAAGGAA